UCGUCUCAGACACUGAUGAUGAAUCUUCAUGGCCAAACACAGGAAUAUGUAAUCAAACCCAAAUAUUAUCCAGUAAAAAAAGUGGUUUCAGGAGAACAGUCCACCGAGGGCUCAUUACCACUGAGACUGGGCCAGGAUCAACUUGCAUCCCCUUUUCAAUUGGGAAAUCACACUGGUCGCAUCAAGGUGGUCUUUACACCCAGCAUCUGUAAAGUGACUUGUACCAAAGGCAACUGUCAGAACAACUGUGAGAAGGGAAAUACCACCACCCUCAUUAGUGAGAACGGCCAUGCUGCUGACACUCUCACAGCCACUAACUUCCGAGUAGUUAUUUGCCACCUUCCAUGCAUGAAUGGAGGCCAGUGCAGUUCUAGAGAUAAAUGCCAGUGCCCUCCUAAUUACACUGGUAAACUUUGUCAGAUCCCUGUGCAGACUGCCAAUACUCCAAAACUGUACCAUCACCCACAACAGGUGAACAAGGCUGUAGGAUCACAAAUUGUCCACUCUACUCAUACUUUACCACUGACAAUGUCUGGACAGCAAGGUGUAAAAGUGAAGUUCCCUCCUAACAUAGUGAAUAUCCACGUGAAACAUCCCCCUGAAGCCUCAGUUCAGAUCCAUCAAGUUUCAAGAAUUGACAGCACAUCAACAGGACAAAAAGCGAAAGUACCUCAGCCAGGACAUCCACAGGUCUCUUACCAAGGUCUUCCGUAUCAGAAGACCCAGAAAGGACAUACUACUUACACAAAUCAACAACCCAUUCCUCAUAUGUUUCCUGUUUCAGUUAAAACUCAGCUUGGGCGCUGCUUCCAGGAGACUAUUGGGACACAGUGUGGCAAAGCACUUCCUGGCCUUUCCAAGCAAGAAGACUGCUGUGGAACCGUGGGUACUUCCUGGGGUUUUAACAAAUGCCAGAAAUGUCCCAAGAAGCCAUCUUACCAUGGAUACGGUCCUAUGAUGGAAUGCCCACAAGGCUACAAGAGGAUCAAUGCUACAUUUUGUCAAGAUAUCAAUGAGUGUCAGUUACAGGGAGUAUGCCCUAAUGGGGAGUGCUUGAAUACCAUGGGCAGCUACAGAUGUACCUGCAAAUUGGGAUUUGUGCCAGAUCCUACCCUCUCAAGAUGCAUCCCUGAUAGUCCUAUAGUUGCUGAAGAGAAAGGACCCUGCUACCGGUUUGUUAGUGCAGGAAAGCAAUGCAUGCAUCCUCUUUCUGUUCAGCUCAGCAAGCAGCUUUGCUGUUGCAGUGUUGGCAAAGCCUGGGGCCCGAACUGUGAGAAGUGUCCACUUCCAGGAACAGCUGCUUUUAAGGAAAUCUGCCCUGGUGGAAUGGGUUAUACGGUUUCUGGCCCUCACAGAAACAAGCUAUAUCAUCACCCUGCAGUUAGAGUACAGCCACCUGUCAUUGGCAAGACCCCGAUUACUCAACCUGUUGCUAAAGGUACUUCUCCUCCACCUCUCCCAGCAAAGGAAGAGCCAGUGGAGGCACUGACCUUCUCACAGAAAAGUGAGACUGAGAUGGCUGUGCAUGAAGUGGCAACUGCAGCCCCUGAUCAGGAAUUAGCUUCCCUUGAUCAAGAAAAGCAGCCUGAUCUAGAGCCUGGGCAGCCUCAGCUUUCUCCUGGAAUUUCAACAAUUAACCUGCAUCCACAGUUUCCAGUAGUGAUUGAGAAAACAUCUCCUCCUCUGCCUGUUGAAGUUGCUCCUGAAAUCUCUACUUCGAGUGCAAGUCAAGUAAUUGCACCUACUCAAGUUACAGAAAUCAACGAAUGUACAGUUAAUCCUGAUAUCUGUGGAGCAGGACACUGUGUUAAUUUGCCUGUGGGAUACACUUGCAUCUGCUACGAGGGCUACAGACUUAAUGAUCAGCAGACAAAGUGCUCUGAUAUUAAUGAGUGUAAUCAGGCACCCCAUCUCUGUUCCCUCGGACGCUGUGAAAAUACAGAAGGAAGUUUCCUAUGUAUUUGCCAAGCUGGAUUCAUGGCCAGUGAAGAUGGAACCGACUGUGUUGAUUUUGAUGAAUGUUCAAGACCUCAUACUUGCGGGGAAGGCUUUUGUAUAAAUACUGUUGGCUCAUACAGAUGCGAAUAUUGUGAUAGUGGAUACCAAAUGAACAGGAGAGGUGAAUGUGAAGACAUUGAUGAAUGCCUGACUCCAACUACUUGUCCAGAUGCACAGUGCAUUAAUGCUCCUGGCUCUUACCAGUGCAUUCCUUGCAGAGUGGGAUUCAGAGGCUGGAAUGGACAGUGCCAUGAUAUAGAUGAAUGUCAAUAUGGCAACCUCUGUAGAAACGGACGUUGUGAAAAUAUGGAGGGGUCUUUUAGAUGUGUUUGUGGCCAAGGUUUCAAACUCUCUGCAUCAGAGGAUCAGUGUGAAGAUAUAGAUGAAUGCCAGCACCGAUCACUCUGUACAAAUGGACGCUGCAGGAACACAGAAGGAUCUUUCAGAUGUAUUUGUAGCCAAGGCUACACAUUAUCUUCUACAGGAGAUCAGUGUGAAGAUGUUGAUGAAUGCCUUCAAGACAGUGAUAUUUGCCUUAGAGGAAACUGCAUGAAUACUGACGGGUCUUACAAAUGCACUUGUCCAGAUGGUUUCCAGCAGAUAGCGAAUAGGGGAUGUCAAGAUAUCAAUGAAUGUGAGAGAUCUGACCUCUGUUCACCUCACGGGGAGUGUCUAAACACGGAUGGUUCCUACCAGUGCAUAUGUGAGCGGGGCUUUUCUGUGUCUGCAGAUGGCCGAACGUGUGAAGAUGUUGAUGAAUGUGCGAACGGCACAAUAUGUGGUAGUCACGGGUUCUGUGAAAAUAUGGAUGGCUCCUACCGCUGCCUCUGUUACCAAGGGUAUCAGGACCCACAGGAUGGGCAAGGGUGUACGGAUGUGAAUGAAUGUGAAAUGCUGAGUGGAGUAUGUGGCGAAGCUCUCUGUGAAAAUGUCGAUGGUUCUUUCCUGUGCUUGUGCUCUGAUGAAAACCAGGAGUAUGAUCCGAUGACCGGACAGUGCCGCUUCCGCACCUCACCAGAAUUACCAGUAGAGGCUGAUCAACAUGAAGAUGGAAAAAAGGAGUGCUACUACAAUCUGAACGAUGCUAAUUUCUGCGACAACGUGCUUACAUCUAAUGUAACCAAACAAGAGUGCUGCUGUACCUUGGGUGCUGGCUGGGGUGAUAACUGUGAAAUCUUCCCAUGCCCUGUCUUUGGAACUGCUGAAUUUACUGAUUUGUGUCCUGAAGGAAAAGGUUUCAUUCCCUCUGGAGAAUCAUCUUACGGGCUUCUUGCUCAGAAUUACAAAGAUGCUGAUGAAUGCCAACUAUUUGGACAAGAAAUCUGUAAAAAUGGCUUCUGUUUGAAUACGCAGCCAGGUUAUGAGUGCUACUGCAAACAAGGCACAUAUUAUGACCCUGUUAAGCUCCAGUGCUUUGACACGGAUGAAUGUCAGGACCCAAACAGCUGUAUUGAUGGCCAGUGCAUUAACACAGAAGGAUCUUACAACUGUUUCUGUACACACCCAAUGGUUCUGGACGCAACAGAAAAGCGAUGCAUCAGACCAGCAGAUUCAAGUGAACAAACUGAAGAAACUGAGGUCUACCAGGAUCUUUGCUGGCAGCAUCUAAGUGAUGAUUUUGUUUGUAGUCGACCUCUGGUUGGAAAGCAGACUACAUAUACUGAGUGCUGUUGCCUAUACGGUGAAGCCUGGGGCAUGCAGUGUGCACUGUGUCCUAUGAAAGAGUCAGGUAAGGAAAUGUACAUGUCAAUUUGCGGAAUGAAAUCUGAAAUACUUAAUCAGUUUAAUCCCUUGUAUUAA